CCUUGGAGGCUGCUGACUCGGCUGCAAAACAUCCCCCUCCCUUCAAGGCCCCUGGGUGGCUGGCCAGGCUCAGUGCGUGGCAGGUUCUGGCAUGGGCCAUCGGCAGGUAUGCAGUGGAUUUCCAGAGCUGAUCUACAGCCGGCAGCACCCCAGGCAGGACGGAGGAUGCAACAUUUACAUGGACAAGGGAAACAAGGGACGCACCACCGUCUGAGACUGAACGUGGGGAUGUGCUCUGCCCUACCAAGCCAGGCUCCCCCGGUUUUGCCAUCCUCCCCACGCUUGGUGGGGCCCAGGAACAUGCAGCCAUUUAUUUACCAAGCCCAGACCAAACUCAAAUUCAGUGCUCACCCUCUACUGUCGUAGAAAUGAGAAUCACGCUCCUGGCUGCCUCAGCCGUGCUCGCGUACUGAAUCACCACGGCCAGAGUGCAGCUGUUUCUGUGUCACUGUAUGUCUGGGUCCCACCCCUGAAUUUACCCUGGUGCAUGCGUUUCUGUAGUGUCCAGGGGAAGGCAGAAUGGAGGUCCUGCAGGAGAAGGAAGAGGAGCAAAGAGAAGAAGAAGAGCUGAAGGCUUUUCAGGCCAGUGCUAAACUCCAGGACUUGGAGGUGAAGGUGCCCACGGAGCAAAUCUGCGUCCCAAGUGAUGUACCUGGUUUUGACUGGAGCUCCAUUGACACGUCCCAGUUACCGUCCUCAUACAAGACAAAUUCCCUGAAAGAAAAGAAGCUGCUGCGCAUCGCUGACCAUUUCCUCCAGCAGUACACUUACCUCUGCCCUGACCGCAAGCCGCUCUUCCUCCACCCAGUCAACGAAUGUGGUGUGGAGAAGUUUGUGAGCACAACGGUGAGGCCAACGCUGCUGCCUUACACAGAGCUGUACCACUGGGAUGGCUGUGCCAGCUUCGUCUCUGAUUACCUCACCAUGGAGCCCCUCAAGUCCCCUAUCACACUGCCCAGUUCACUCUAUUCCCCAACCACCAUCCUGAAAUACCAGCGAGGGAAUUGCUUUGACUUCAGCGUGCUGCUGUGCUCCAUGCUGAUUGGGGCCGGGUAUGAUGCCUACUGUGUGCACGGGUAUGCCACCCGCGAGAUAUGUACCUUGGACGAGACUCUGGAGCUGUGCCCACUGCUCAGGAAGCCACAGGAGAGGCAGGUACCAAAAAAGGGGAUGAAGAAGUCCAACAAGUAUAAAAUUAAGCCCCCACCAGACCUGCAGAGCAAGUUUGAGCUUCAGCAGGAGUCCAGGAAGAAGGCAGAAACUGAAGCUGCUCAAAAGAGCGAGGAAAGAGAAGAGAAGGUCACGGAAGUGGAAAAGCCCAGGCGUGACCCUUUGUAUGGCUUACGGGUGCAUGCGUGGGUUUUGAUUCUGUCUGGGAAGAGGGAAGUUCCUGAGACCUUCUUCAUCAACCCCUUCACGGGAAACAGCCACAGCACCAUGGAUGAGCACUUCCUUGGGAUCGAGAGCAUCUGGAACCACAGGAAUUACUGGGUGAACAUGCAGGACUGCUGGAAUGGCUGCAAGGAUCUCAUCUUUGACUUGGGUGAUGCUGUCUGCUGGGAAGUUAUGCUUUCAGGGAGCAACAAGCCUGUUCAGCUGCUCCCAGAUGCUGAGGAGGAAGAGGAGUUAUCUGACAGGGACAUGGAUGAUAUGCAGGAAAAGGAGGAGGAAGACAUGAGUUCUGACAUGCCACCAUCGUGGGUAGCCCCAAUUCAGAUAUCUCCCAGACAGUUUGAGACCCGCUGUUCCCAGGGGAGGAAGGUGAUCCUGUACAAGAAAGCAAAACUGGAAACAUGGGCACCAUACCUGUGUGGGAAUGGGCUGGUGAAACGCCUCACCAUCUACGCAGACUUAGACUGUACUGAAAUAGUGGAAGUGAGGGAGUGGUUCAAAAACCGAGAAGACAUGUUGGAUAUGAGAGAAAUGAAUAAACAAACACAGCUGACCACAGAGUGCUUCAGCCCAGGACACUUCCUCGGUCUCAGAGCUCACACCUAUACGUCACUGGAACCAGACACUGAACGUACAAUGGAGUUUUACAAUGAGGCACGAGUUGAUGGCCUCCAGAAACGUGUUGAAAAUGCUAACGAGAUGACAGAGUACUUCCUGGGACGUGAUGACUUCCUGCAUGUCCGGCACAUGGAGUUUGGCAAAAGAGGAAAGAAAAUACACUUGGCUGGCACCAGAACUGACAUUUACUCCCGGCCUAUAGUGAAAAUCAAGGAGUGUUUCCACAGAAACCUAGAAAAGCCUGCUGAUGAAGAUGUAGCAGAACGUAUCUUUCUGAUCACAGAGGAGAUGAUCCAUCUGACUUAUCACCUCAAGGACAAAUACAUUACUGCCUCAAAGAAGGAUUUCUUCAAAGCGGUGGAGAGGGAUAAGGAAGGAAAUGAAAUUGUCAUGACACCAGAAAUGUGCAUCACAUACCAGGCGGGGUCCUCUGAGCAUGACAAGAAGCCGCUCCGUCUGUACAAAUUGUUGCAGGAGCUAACAGAGGAAGAGAAGCAGCUGAAGAAACAAGUCCGGCAAGCUGAAGCAGAGGUGUUAAAUAUUUUGAAGAUCCGUGAGAAUGAAGAAAUGGCUGUUAAAUUGUCAGUUUCAAUUUAUAACACAGAGAGGAAUGAAAAGAGAAGGCAGCAGUAUGAAGCCAUGAAGAACACAACGGAGGAUGGGAUCCCAGGACAAGAGGAACAGGAUCUAGAUUACUUGGCACCUUUUCUUAUUCGAAUUGGCCACAGAGAGAAAAUGACCAAGGGUCAGGCCCUGCGCAUCAGAGAUGACUGCCUGACUGAUUUUAAGCAUCAUCUCAUUGAUAAGGCUAAUAUCAUCCAGGCUCACUUUGAAAAGGUGGUGGAAGAGCUGCAGAAGAAGAGCCAGUGGUUUCAGGAAAACCAGAAUCAGCUCAGUGCAGAGGAGGAGGAUGACUUCCUCACCCAUUACUCUGAAACCAUGUUCCAUAUCCACAUUUUAGCGCUGAGGCUCAACAGGGAAAAGCAGACGGCACCACAGAAAUACCUUGCUCUUCAAGAGAAGUUGCGCAAGGAUCCUCGCCUAUCUGAGCACCUCAGUCAUGCCUGAUUUCUUUAUUCUUUCAAGCCAGACACUGGAAAUCAGUGCUGAAACUGGUUAGAAGCAGCCUGAAAAAAACAUGAAAAAGUUUUCCUAUUUGCCUGCAGUAAAUCUUCAUUAUCAUCAGAUACAUGGAGAUUUUAAUGAACUUGUACCAUUCCACUGUCUUUUUCUUUUCCCUCUUUUAAGGCCCAUCUACAGUUAUAUCAGUUGUCUUCUCAUGCAAUCCCAUCAUGUUUGAGACUGAAGUCUGAAUGAGACCUUAGCUUUAGGGUCUGCUUCAGAAGAUGCUACAAAUUAUGCAUGCUGUAUUACAGGGCUUUUCUUCCCCAGACCUGCUCCCUAGCUGCUGACAUCAGGACAGGAUUAUUUGGGAAUACUGGUUCUUUUCCAACAUAAUAAUAUUUUAACAAAUGUAUAAUUUGGCUUUAUAAGUAGCACAAGCAAAUAUUUUGAACUUCUGAGUUCACAAUAGAUAGAAAAAUUCUUUGACCUCACUUAGAGCUAUCUAUUAACUACAAAACCCAGCAAAAACUAAUACUCAAAUUGACAAACUUUGGAUUUUAAUGUCUUUCUCUUCGAAUGCCUCCACUUACCAUUCACAAAUAUUGGCAGACAGGAUAAAAAGUCAAGAGAAAUCCACAAAGCAUUUCAAAUCCCAGAAAUUUUAGGUAAUCAAGUAUUUUGGUUAAUAAUAAUUCCCCAGGAUGCACAAAUGGAAAUCAGUAUGUGUGCACCAUGUAUUGUUUUUUAUAUAAGUCCUUGAACCUGCUAGGGAACAAUUUCUGGUGUCACCUGUUAGGCACUCUGGACACCUACAGUUCCCAACAGCUACAGUCUUCAAGGAACAAUCUCUAAUUCUUACCUUCAACGAAGACUACACCAUUUGCAGCUGGGGGAAGGCAGAAACUUAUUUUGCUGUGAUACAGCAGAGUAAGUGACAUUACACCUGAAAUACAGGAUGAACCAGAGCAGAUUAAACUUCUUGUUUUAUGGUAGCUGUCCAUUUUAAGUCUAAUAGAUACACUAAAAGGCUUUUAGAGAGAAACAUCCCCUGGCUGCCUAUUUUAUUGCAACAGAGUAAUUUUCUCUUGCAUUGUUUCUGUCAUAUUUUAAGAGGUGAACACAAUAUUAAAACCAAAAGCCACCAUUA